GACGACUGACGUUCAAUAAUCAAUUUUCAAACUAUAUUAGGCUUGCUUAUUUAUUGUUUGAAUAAUAGGAAUGAAUUAAAAUUUGAGCUUUUAAGCUCAGAAUAAUAUGGCUACUAAAUUAUUAUCACUAGCAAAUAUUGUGAGGAGCCCUUUAAAUCUUAUAUUGAAGCAGUCUAAUACCCAUAUAAACUAUGGUAACCUAAAAAAAUUUUCUACCUCACCAAUAGUAUGUGUAAACUUCUUCAAUAAAUUGCCUGCAGAAAAGUUAUGGAAGUCUGUAACAUCUGUAAGUAAUGCUGGUGCCAAAAAAGGUCGUGGAAAAGGUGCUGGACGUAUACGAAUUCGGGACUUGAAUCGUGGACAAAUGAUAGGUGUGGGAAAAGUUAACAUGUUAUGGCCAGGUCUCUCUGCCCCUGUUAUCCGAGGAAGAGAAUUAUUAAAACAACAGCGUCUCCCUGAUGACCCAGAAAGAAUGGAAAAGCUGAUAAAACUUCGAGAUUCUAUGACUAAGUUUAGAAGAUUGAAAUUAAAUCCAAUUGAAAGAGGUUGGUCUGGUGCCCGUAUGCCUGGCCGUAGCCUCGGACCACCUGAUCCAGUGGCAGAUGAGGAAUUUGUUGGUUUUGAUACAAAAGUAUUGCAACUGAGAUCAUUGCUUAUAAUGAAGGGAACUCUGGGUAGGACAAGAAAUUAUCAAGCUAUGGUUGUGACAGGUAACGGACAAGGAUUAGCUGGCUUCGGAAUUGGACGAGCAAAGGAAGCACAGGCUGCUUUGAGAAAAGCAAAAAAUAGGGCAGGAAAGAAACUAAUGCAUUUUGACAUUUAUAACAAUCACACAGUUUAUCAUGACUUUUAUACAGCUUUCGGAAGUACAAAAAUAUUUGUACAGAAAAAAAAUGAAGGCUAUGGUUUAAUGGUGCAUAGAGCAAUUAAAGAGAUUUGUCAAGCCAUCGGUAUCAAAGACCUCAGAGCUAAAGUUGAAGGGUCUAAAAACUUACAACAUGUUGUUAAGGCUUUCUUUAUUGGUCUCCUCCAACAGAGAACACAUCAACAACUUGCAGAAGAGAAAAAAUUGCAUUUGGUUGAAUAUAGAGCUGAAAAUGAAUAUUAUCCAACUGUAGUAGCAAGCCCCUCAACUGUAAGGACCAAGGAAGAAAUACAUAAAGAUGAAACAUUGGAUUUCAUUCGAUAUGUGAUGAAUGACAAGGUUAUCCUAAAGAGGAAGAAGUUUCCGCGAUUCUAUGAAUCAAUGCCACAUUAUGAACUCUUUCUUAAGAAAUAUGAGAAAUACAGAAAUCAUGAGAAAAUUCGUCAUAAUUUGAAAGCAGAGUAUGGAGAGGUGAAAAGUUUCCUUAAUGAUAAGUACCCUGAAGAGAAAGUUGAGACAGAAGCCUAGGUUAUGUUUAUAUUAGAAUAGAACUGUAGAUAUUACAAUAAAUUUAUUUAAAAACU